UCAAGCUCAGGGCUGAUUAAAAGAUAACAAGAGCAGAAAAAAUUCAUGCAACUACACAGACGAAAGAGACAGAAAGAGGCAGAGAAAAAAGUGACGGAGGGAGUUACUGAGAGAAACGGGAAGUGUUUCAGAGACAUGCCGAGUUGGCCACCUGUAAGCUUCACACACGCUGCAUUCAGUGACAACAGUGAACUGCGUGUGAGCGGUGGAGGGGCAGAUUAGGUGUUGUAACUUUGCAGUUUCCUGAUGGCGUCUGGUCCUGGCAGCGGAGCGGAGGAACAACCACCAGCACUGCCUCUCAAACAGCGCAGGAGCCAUUCCUCUAGAAACUCCAGUGUGGAGUCUGACUGUCUUAUAUUCAGCUCUGUUGGACUCCUGCAUCAAAACUACGCAUGCAACGAUGUCUUCCCCGAACCCACUGACUGUCAUGCAGCCCAGUGCCCCAUACACCAACGCUACGAUCCCUCCCGACACCUGGAGAGAUUUUUCUCAGAUGGCACCCCACCGCCUGUUCCAAAGAAGAAGCUAGCCCGCACUGUCUCCCUCCCUGGCACCAAGGCGCCUCCACUCUGUCCUCCGUCUCCACUGCAAAGAUACCCUCAAAACUUUGACAACCCCCUGUACAUGCUGGCCCCCAUACCCAACAUCUACUUCCAUGAGGAGAUAGAAGAGUUUCAACCAAUCAGAGGGAGUCCUGUCUCCUUGCAGUCCUUCUCCCAGUUGUCCUUUGACACCCCAGAUGAGCAUCUGCCCCACCUCUUCAGCACCUUUGAUGACCAGAGGGUUGUUUCUCAGGGGAUUCAGCAUCGCCACCUUCUCUUUCUGAGAAGCAUGGCACAGAACGUGGAGGCUGGGAUCCUGCUGCGAGGAGAGGCCGCAGAGAGGGACGUCAUCUCAUACCAGCCUGAGGAUUUCCUGCUGUGUGAGGGCAGCGAGCCAAAGCAGAUCGGCGACACGGUUUACUACACCCUGCACAGCCCCAAGCUUCCAGGGAGGAUGCUUGGUUUAAGGGCACACAAGCAGACUGACGAAGCUUCCUCGGCUCACACCAAACACCAGCCAUCGCAUGUCAACGUGCAAGAUGUUAUUACUCAAUUCCAAACAAGCAGCACCCCGAGGAGUGAAUCCAGCAUAUUACAAAACCAAGAUCCCUUUUUUCCUCUCAAGUCGGACUGCACUGCUGCUAAAUCACCAGGUGGAGGCAGCACUGAGUGUGCCACAGCUCAUGAGAACAUUAGUCUGCCCUCAGUUCAGUCUUUCCUCCAGAGAGGCCUCUCUGUGAGCGUUGAGAGAGACUUCCCACAAGCCACUCUGGAGGACUUUGUUCAGGACAGCAGCUCUCUGCAGAGCACAGAUUGUUUGGAUUACGACAGACAGGUAUGUGCUCUGUUGCUGCAGGUAUUAAUGGGCUCACAACAUCUGUACAUCAGCGCCACUGCUGCUGAGCUCAGACCUCGGGGGAUCUUUUUAGUGUGGCCCAGCAGGGAGAAUGAAGAGGGAGAAAACAAGCUAGAGCAUGAUGCCUCUGAAAUAAAGAGCAGUUUCAAGACCAGCAGAUGGAAAGAUGAAAUGGAGCGGGUACAGGUGGCGAAACAAGGAAAGAUCCAGAUGUUAUGGAAGACAUAUGGCUCCCCUCGUGUGGUGUUGACCCCGCUGUCAUCUGCUCUGUCUGUUCCUAACCCCCUCACCUACAUCAAAUCCCAGAUUGGAAACCUAAUUCAAUACUGCUUCCACUCGCAGGAGAGCCAAACACCUCUGGGCUCAGCUCCAACCCUGUUCAUGUCCUCACACCGACAGGGCCUUCUCUAUCUGGCCUCUCUGCUCCAUAGUGACAGCAGCGGGCCACAGAUGGCCGACAUGGUGGCCAUGCUUCAGGUGCUCCUCUGGGGGCCACGGGUCCCACUCUUCAAUCACAGAGGCUCUAUGACCACCGCCGUACACAACUGGUUGACGAUCAAGCGAGCCCUGCUGGUGAUGAAGUUGGCCGAGAGAGGGCUGAUCCAGGAUCAGUCGGCUCUCAACUGGGAGGACUGUAUGUGCCUGCAAUACCUGUCGUUUACAGACCCCGAGACAGUUGUGAGCGUGACCAGUCAGCUAUGGCUCACUCCGAAUACAGACAGUCCAUCUUGAAUUGAAGUCAUUCCCUUAAGGACUCAUGCUGGGUAGUUCAAGUGCAACAUAUAUCAAUCAGCCAAAACAUUAAAACCACUGGCGUGUGAAGUGAAUAACAUUGAUCAUCCCGUUACAAUGCAAUGUUCUGUUAGGAAACCUUGGCUCUUGGCAUUCAGGUGGAUGCCACUUGAUACACUUCACCUACCCAAACAUUGUUAUAGACCAAGUGCCAUCCCUCAUGACAAAGGUACACCUCAAUGGCAGUGGCCCCUCAGCAGGACAAUGCACCAUACCACCCCACAAAAACUGCUCAGGAAUGGCCAAAGGGACAUGACAAAGAGCUCAAGGCAUCAACAAGGCCUCCGAAUUCCCCAGACCCCAAUCUGACCAAGCAUUUGGUGGGACAUGCUGGUACCCCAUCUCACAACCAACAGGUCCUAAAGGAUCGGCCACCAACGCCCUGCUGGCAGACACCAAGGGACAUCCCCCUAGAAAUCCUUGGUUCAUGCCUUGACAUGUCAGAGCCGCAUUCGAUUCAAGGAGGCCUAACUGUGAAUUGGAGGUACCUCUGGAACAUCCACCGAAUGCUUGGUCAGAUUAGGGUCUAGGAAUUUGGCACACUGUCAUGUUCCUCAGGCCAUUCCUAAACAGUUUUUGCGGCUACUGUCAUCGAGCAGUGUCGCUGCCAUGAAAGGGGGUACCUGGUCUGCAUUGGUGUUUGGAUGAGUGGUGUGUGUCAGGUGGCACCCACAUGAAUGCCAGGACCAAAGGUUUCCCACCAGAACAUUGCAUUGUAUCAAGACGAUCAGUGUUAUUCCCUUCGCCUGUCAGUGAUGGGUGUAAGUGGUCAACUAUCAGUCUGCAUUAUGUACCAUGCUCAAAAAUACACUAAGAAUGUGCAUUUGAUUGGACUAAAAGCCAUUUCCACUCUUCCUGUUUAUAACAAUUCGAACAUUCAUAUACUGCUCUUCAUAACUUGAAACAGUGGUUCCCUGCUGGUGGGUUGUGGGUCCAUUCUGAAUGGACCGCAAGUGACUCAUAAAUGUGUCAAGUCUGUAAAAACAUACUAGAUUUUGAUGUACAGUGAAUUCCAGCACAGAGCUUUUACUUUGAAGUGUCGUUUCCAACUGUAGAGUGAGUAGCAAAUGGACAGCUAACUGACAGAGACAGCAAACUAGCGCGAUGACAUGGACAAAUGCAACAAUGACGCUGAAUUUAUUCAACUGUGUGGACCUUGAACUGAUGACUAUGGUGAAAUCUGUACCUCUUGACUGGACCAGUUGGGAACCACUGACGUGAAAUUAAAGAUAAGAUAAACUUUAUUGUCCUGAAUGAAAUUUGUCUUGGGCAAAAAAAAAAGUGCUGCACACAGCUGCAUGACAUUCUCGUACAUAACAAUACAUAACAACAGGACAAACAAUAUACAAUGGACAGGAUGGUAUCACAUGACCUGGACACAAAAAUUGAGGUGAAAACUCAACAUGACCAACACCAAACAUACAUGAGCUGCAGUGCUAGAGCCUGGGUCGCUAGCUGAGCAGUGCCACUGUGAGUUAUGUAAUACAAUGCUGCACUUUAAACAUGUUGCUUUAUAUUAAUCAUUCCCAGCUCCUAUUACAAGUGAUGGAAUUGUACAUGUACAAACUAUUUUCUUCCAAAAUUAGAAUAGUUUUGGUUAUUUCAUGAAAGACUUCUUUAUAUCGCUUUGCUUUCAGGGGCUCUAAGACACAACAUCGUUUAAAUAAUUGUACCAAAGUUGUCUUGCUUGUCCUCACUGACUUCACUGUAUCAUUACUCUUAAUAAAUCAUGAAGAUGGCUAUAACAGUGAGCCACCAAAGGUCUCAAUGUGUCAGAGGAAGUGCUUUUCAGAACCAAAUAGCAGCAUCUUAAAACUUCUUUCCAACAUCAAAAUUUAGCCAUCAAUUAAAGUAACACAAUUAUACUUUACACAGCAGAUUAAAAGUAUACUUGUCAUACAGAUUCGUAGAGAAGUAAUCUUUCUCCGUCAUCAUUUAUGUCCUACUAGCAGUGUGUGGCGGUGCAUUUAUCUGCAGACUCUGCCCUCUGCCUGUAUUUUCUUAUUUUCUAUGUUCAAGAUGUUCAUGGGUGAGGCUCAGGUGAGGCUGGGGCUUUAUAAAAAGGCAGCAAACAGGUGUCAGAUCAUAAGCAGCAUUCAUCCCAGAGAAAACAGUGCUGAAAAACAUAAAUAUAGCAACAUGAAACAGCAAACGUGAAUCUGGGGUUGGCUUUUACCUUCACUUAUGCUGAUGGGCGCAUUUACAAAGAGUAACUGACAAUCCUGCAUAGUAUACAUUUAACAGGUGCACAGAGAUGUGAAAGUAGGGCUGUGCUGAAUUGACCCGAUUUAAAUAAAGUGAUUUAUCAGAUUAAAUGAGUUUUCCUUGAACAAAUAUCU